AGAAAAUAGAAAUAACCUUUAUAUAUGUAUAUAUAUAUAUUAUAUUUGUUUUUUCCCCCAAAAAAAAGGUCAAAGAAUAAUUCAAAAUUUGUAAAAACUGUAGGUUUUUAAUAAUUUAAGCAGUUCAAUCCAUCAACUCCCUCCAAAAACAGAGCUUUUGAGACGAUGAGAUGAAAAGAGGAGGUUUCCGACAAGAAGUUGCAAAACACCCUCUCUCACACUCACAUAACCCACGUAAACCUUUUUGCUCAUCAACAACUGCAAGCCCAAGUCCUCCAAGCUGGUCUUACCUCAUUAGGAAAUCCAUCUCUCAAGGAUCGCCUAAACAAGCUCUUCUAAUCUACACCCAAAUCCGCAGUAAAGGAAUCUGCAAUCUGGGUGUUGUCCCUCUUAUUCUCAAGGCUUGUGCUUCUCUUUGCUUCGUAAACUUUGGGAAGGCUUUGCAUGGCGAGGUGAUCAAGUGUGGAAUGGAUUUUGAUGUAUUUGUUGGAACCUCAUUGGUUGAUAUGUACGCCAAGUGCAGAGAGAUUUUUGAUUCACGGAAAGUGUUUGACCUAUUGCCUGACAGAAAUGUGGUUACUUGGAACGCAAUGGUUGGUGGGUACGUGAGGAAUGGGGAUAUGAAAUCUGCCUCCUUUUUGUUUGAGAGGAUGUCGAAACGGACGACCGUGACAUGGAUUGAGAUGAUUGAUGGCUUUGCAAGGAAUGGUGAUACUAUUAGUGCUAGACGGCUGUUUGAUCGCGUUCCUUCUGAAUUGAAGAAUGUCGUUACAUGGAGUGUGAUGGUUGAUGGGUAUUGCAGCAAUGGAGAGAUGGAGGCGGCCAGGGAUGUUUUUGAGCAGAUGCCACAGCGGAAUUUCUUUGCAUGGUCAUCGAUGAUUUCUGGGUAUUGCAAGAAGGGUGAUGUCAAGGAGGCCGAGAUCAUUUUCGACAGAAUUCCGAUUAGGAAUUUGGUUAAUUGGAAUUCAAUGAUUUCUGGAUAUGCACAGAAUGGGUUUUCUGAGGAAGCUAUAAAGGCAUUUGGCAAAAUGCAAGCAGAUGGUUACGAGCCUGAUGAAUUUACUGUUGUGAGUGUUUUAUCUGCCUGCGCUCAGUCAGGGCUGUUGGAUGUUGGCAGGGAAAUACACUACAUGAUAAACUGCAAGGGGAUAAAGUGUAAUCAAAUUGUUCUAAAUGCAGUUCUUGACAUGUAUGCAAAGUGUGGGGAUUUGACCAAUGCAAGAUUGAUCUUUGAAGGGAUGACUGAGAGGAACACUGCCUGUUGGAAUGCUAUGAUCUCGGGAUUUGCCAUUCAUGGACAGUGCAAGGAAGCUCUCGAGUUAUUUGGCAGGAUGGAGGGUUCAAAAAUAAGGCCCGAUGAUAUAACAUUUCUUUCUGUUCUCUCAGCUUGUGCACAUGGAGGUUUUGUGGAUGAAGGCAUAGAAAUUUUCUCCAAGAUGGAGAAAUAUGGCUUGGCAGCAGGCAUUGGGCAUUAUGGUUGCUUGGUUGACCUUUUAGGGCGGGCAGGAAGAUUAAGACAGGCAUACAGCUUGAUCAAGAAAAUGCCAAUGAAACCCAAUGACACGGUUUGGGGAGCAAUGCUUGGAGCUUGCCGGAUUCACUUUGACAUGGAGAUGACUGAACAGGUAGUGAAAGAGAUCAGCACCCCAAAUUCGGAUGUGGGGUCGGCUCAUAAUUCACAUUAUGUGUUACUGUCAAGUAUUUAUGCUGCUUCUGAUAGUUGGGAAAAGGCUGAAAGGAUGAGGCUGGACAUGGUGAAUGAAGGCUUUCAAAAGAUACCCGGAUUCAGUUCAUUCAUGCCCAAUGGCACAUAGUAUUAGUC